GUGGACACCAACCUAUGUAUGUUUUUUGCUUUUGUGUGCUUCAUUUUUAAAUAGACCCAAUCACGGAUCUGUCUUUCCAAGGUUUACAAAAGCAACCUAAAUGCUUGUUCUGUCUAUAUCUCUCUCUCUAUUUAUGUGACAGUCACUUCACCAAAAUCAUGGAUGUUCUGCUCAGUUUAUUCUUGGGUCUGGUUGCUCAGCUGUAGGGACAUAAGUUGCAGUAUGGGUGGAAAUGGCAUUAUAGCUUUGGUUAGAGCUUUUGUGUCUCUUGUUAUCAUUGUGUUUCUUCUUGUUGGUAUCUUGGCAAACGCUGCACCGAGUGUUCCAUCAACAGAAAAGGUCAAGAGUUUGCGGUUUAGUGGUGAGGAUGUGAAUCUGUUUCAUGUGAGCAACCGAAAAGUUCCAAAUGGAGCUGAUCCUAUCCACAACAGGAAAGCAGAAACUUCGAGACGGCCACCACGAGUAUGAUCUAGCUCCAAUAUAUACGACGUAUAACAUAGUGGAUGAUAACUUCAGAUUCACGUCAAGAAGCUACUUUUUUCUUCUGGGGCAGUCCAUAUCUUCAGAUUCAGAUAUAUGCUGUGAACUCAUAGCUUGUGAAGCCAUGCUCUGUUUUCCAAAGAUGAAGUCUCUUCAUGCUUUGUAGCAUUUUGGAAGGUGAAGUCUUGCUCUCUUUUUCUUUUUGGAAACAAUGUGUCUGGAGAUUACAAACUUUUAAAAGUAAAAGUGUAGAGAGAACAUUGAUGCAGAUAUUAAGACUUUUUUAAGGACUUUGCAGGGUUUUUGUAAUAAAAUUUGUAUUGAUUAUAGGCUUGUGUCUUUAUCCAACUCUCAUAGUUCUUUCUUUAUUUUUGUCUUUUCUUUAUUUAAGUUUAAAGUCUGCUUUUGUGUUUCCUCUGCUAAAGCAAACCAUUAAACUAAAUUGCUCUGUUUUCAAAAAC